UAAAAUUCAAGAUGUCAGCCUCCACGAAGAAACGUCAGAAAGGAGAUACAAAGUCAAUUAAGGAGCUUGCAGCAUUAUCCAAAGCUAAAGAUCGAUCCCUUUCGGACAGAGAUGAUGACAAGAAACUUGACAAAACGCCAGUUCAGAAAAUUCCUGAAACACCUAGUCCUUGGACCCCCACACCGUAUACAGUGUUCAAGAUCUUCCUGUCUGCCAGACUGUGUGCCGCAGCAUGGAACAUUGUUGGCGACUGUGAUGAAACAUUCAAUUACUGGGAGCCUACUCACUACCUAAUGUUUGGCAAGGGCUUCCAGACGUGGGAGUAUUCACCAGUGUACGCCAUUCGCUCGUACGCCUACAUCAUGAUGCAUACCCUCCCCAUGAGACUGUAUGGUCUGAUUUUUACCCCAAACCCAGUGAUGCUGUUCUUCUUCACAAGAUGUGUUCUAGCAUUCUUCUGUGCACUGACAGAGGUGUAUUUCUACAAGGGAGUGUGCCAACAGUUUGGCAACAACGUGGGCCGUAUCACGAUCUGUUUCCAGCUGCUGGGGGCGGGGUUCUUCAUCUCCUGUACCGCCUACCUGCCCAGCAGCUUCUGCAUGUACAUGACCUUCCUCAGCCUGGGGGCGUGGUUCCAGGAGAAGUAUGAGAUAGCCAUUAUGGCAACAGCAGCAAGUACAUUUCUUGGCUGGCCUUUUGCAGCCAUUAUUGGUGUACCAAUAGCCGUAGAUGUGCUGUUCAUAAAGAGGAAGGUGCUGCUGUUUGUCACAUGGGCAGCUCUUGCAGUCAUCACCUUCCUGUUGCCGGUGGUACAGAUUGACCAACAUUACUAUGGCAAACUGGUGGUGGCCCCUCUCAACAUUGUCCUCUACAACGUCUUCUCUCAGCAUGGACCAGACCUGUAUGGCACAGAGCCACUGUCUUACUACAUUCUCAAUGGACUUCUGAACUUUAAUGUAGCCUUCCCUCUAGCGCUCAUCUCCCUACCAUUUGUGGUAUUAUCGAACUUGGUCUUCAAAGAGAAACAAAAAGAAAUUUUACAAGAUAUACACAGCAGCAUUAAAGGAAUUUCCUCCUGGUUGUCACUGCUCUCCAUGUAUAUCUGGAUUCUCAUAUUCUUCACCAGACCUCACAAGGAGGAAAGGUUCCUGUUCCCCAUCUACCCCCUUUUUUCGGUUGGAGGAGCCGUAUCCAUUGACUACAUUCAGAAAUGGUACAAUCAUCUGUUCAUGAAGCGAGCGCGUGGCCACUAUGCAGAGAAGACCAGCUGGAUAUCUGUGUUCCUCUGCAUCUUCUUCUCUCUCAUGAGUGUCUCAAGGAUAGUGGCUGUAUACCAAGGUUACCACGCCCCACUGGACAUGUUUGUUGAACUCAACAAGAUUGCCAACGACCCCGCGGUUCACACCCUGCCCUCUGACCGGCCCGUGAACCUGUGUGUGGGCAAGGAGUGGUACCGCUUCCCAAGUAGCUUCUUUCUGCCUGGACCCAAUUGGAACCUCCAGUUUCUGAAGUCAGAGUUCGAGGGUCAGCUCCCCAAGCCAUACCAGUCUACAUCGGACGGGACGAGAAUCAUCCCCUCUGAGAUGAACGACAUGAACAAGGAGGAACCCUCCAGAUAUGUAAACGUGUCUCGCUGUCAUUACCUGGUGGACCUGGACUUGCCUACAGAGGCACAGCACGAGCCUCGCUACUCCCAGGACACUGAGGACUGGUCUGUACUGGUCUCCAUUCCGUUCCUUGACGCAGCAAGGUCACAUCGGGUGUUUCGUGCAUUUUACAUUCCAUUUAUAUCUAGUCAAUAUUGCGUAUAUGAAAACUACAAUCUUCUGAAGACCAAGCGAACAAAGAAGCCAGGAAAGCUCAGGACCAAGAGAUAACAUUAGAGACACAUAGAAAUGUUUAUAUGCAAGCCUUAUUAUAGUGACUGUCUUAAUCAGAUGUAUCCAUUUUGUUUUAUGUCAUGAAUUUCCAUAUAAGUUUCAAACAUUAUCCAAACGCUGACCUGUUUGCACUGGGGUGUAAUUUUUAUGGCCCCAGCACGUAAUGAUGCCGAUAGGCGUAUGGCUAUUGGGCUGUCUGUUCUUAAGUCCGUGCAUCAGAGGUGAACCCUUAAUAAAGUGAAUAAUGCUUCUUACAAAACCACGAUACUUGCCUCUUAUUUUUUAACACAAAAAACAUACAUACCUACAAAACCCUUACUAAUUUUUGUCCUUGACAUUGAUUUACUUUUGGCCUUGGACGAAUUCAAAAGGUCCAAAUUAUUGGUACAUUGUAUAUUCAAAAUCACAUAUAAAGUCUUACAUCAUUACUGUUUUCUAUAAAGCUUUGAUGAUGGCAUAGAUAUGGUUUAUGAACACUCUCAACACAUCCACAUCUGUUGACCUCAUUUUGACCUUGACAAUGACCUUCUUUUGUACUUUUUCAGUAGGUCGUAAUUCUGAUUAACCCAUUUAUGCCCAGUGGACUCUCCCAUCCUUGUAAAUUGGAUCAAUUUAUUUCCAAAAUUAGGGAUGUCUAGUUUAUUUAUUUCUAUAUUUAGAAUAUUGCUUACUACAAUUCCUUUAAGCAAACAGCGUAGACCCAGAUGAGACGCUACAUCAUGCGGCGUCUCAUCUGGGUCUACGCUGUUUGCAAUGUCCUUUUUUCAGGACGCUAGGCAUGAAUGGGUAAAAGUUCACUAAAUAUAAAUACUCUUUACUAAAAGGCUUGAAUAGAUACUUCCAUUCAACACUAAUCACACCCCCAACACCUUGGCAUUAUUUUGGCCUUGACUUUUACAUUAUUUUGCACCAAGACUUAUUCAAAUGGGACAAUUGAUCAAUACUGAAAAAGCUUUCAACUUUUGUUAAAUGCAGCAUCUUGUUUUCACCUUUAAUUGUCCAUAACUUUACAGAUUUUUAAAAAAUUAAACAGUUUUGGUAAAAGCAGUUAUGUGGGCAGGCUUUUUCCUUCCCCUGAGAUGCCAAUGUGCAUGAGUAGCUUAAACAAAGACAACAACAUUGGUGCGUAUGUUAUCGUAAUCUCUGUACAGUGUCUGUACAGAACAAGUUAACGAAUUUCUCUGCUGAAAGUUUAAGUAUUUUUUUAUGUGAAACACAUGCACAUAAUAAACUGAAUAAAAAAUGGGAAGAAUUUUAGUAAAUUUUUGCAAACAGAUUUUUUGAUUUUUUCUUCUGAGCUAUAACAUGAUUAUACAUAUAUUUUUGAUAAAGAAGAUUGUGUUCAAUUUGUUAAGGGGAUAAUGCAAUUGUGUUUUUAUACCCCUUUAGGAGGGCAUAUAGUAAUCGCACUGUCUGUCCGUCCAUCUGUCCUUCUGUCUGUCCGUCACACUUUGCAUUUAGGUUUCAAAAAAUGCUCAUAACUUCUAUGUGGCUUCAGAUGUAACCUUCAUAUUUGAUGCAUGUGUAUAUGGACAAGGCCUUUCCAUACGCACACAAAUUUUGACCCCUGUGACCUUGACCUUGAACUUAGGGUCCGCGUUUAGGUUUCAAAAUCUGCGUUCAGGUUUUGAAAAAUGCUCAUAACUUCUAUCAAAGUGUUUUAAGGGGGCAUGUCAUCCUAUGGAGACAGCUCUUGUUUAAUUAUAAUAUGACUUCCGUUUAUUUAUUUGAUAGAAAGUUUUUUCCAUUAAUAAUCAUGUGUUUUAAUACAGUGCCAUUUAACUGAUUUAAGCGUACCUGUUGAAAUGCACAAUAUGAGCUUUAUGACAGCCUUUUUUCUGUCUGUAUUAUCAGUAUUGCAUCUCUUCCAUAAACUUUUCUUUCAAACAACAUAACCUCCUUAACUUCUGAGCAGAAAGAUCUCAAGAUAUGUCAUUAAGUGAUCAUAUGUUAAACCUAUAAUAGAUCAGGUAAUUAUAAACAUACCUGUAUUUUGUAUGCCAUGUUUUUCUGAUGUUUCAAUAGAUGUUUAUUAUGUUUACUGUGCUAAAAUGUGUUUUUGGGAAGGUAUUCAUGAUGCUACAAUAAAGCCUUAUUAUCGAUUGGUCAUUAUCGGCUCGGGUACUACUUAAAUGUACCCCGGGUACUCUUUAGUAUACUUUCAUGUACCCUGGGUUUGGAAAAUAUACUAACACGUACCUGGCCAAUUUAGACUGAACCAGAGUAUUAUAUCCGCCCGAAACCUAAUGUCGUAAAAGGGGCUACAGAAUACGAAACAAAAUUCUAUUUGAACAAAAACCUGCCUUUACAUGCUUUUUGAGCAGGAAUUUAUAUAAUAUAGAGGCGAUUUUACAGAAUGUUGACAAAUAUGAACAUAAUUAAUCUGAAAAAAAAGCUGACAAUAACAAAUUUCAUGUUAGGAUUUCUGGUAGGUUUCAGUAUAUUCCGUGUAUGGGGUACAUUAAAGUAUACUUAAAGAGUACCUGGGGUAUGUUUAAGUAGUACCCGAGCCAACAAUGAACAAUCAAGCGUUACUUAUGGCUAUCCUUACUUUAGAGGCACUUCAAAGACAUUGUCUUAUUGCAUUUUAUAUACCAAAUCUGUUCACAGAACUUGGAAAUGCUAAAUGGUCAUUCAUUCAAAAAGUAUUAUUUUUUAAAUUAAACUAUACAGGUAUCAGCUGAAGAGUUGAUGAAUAUGGUGAUUUUAAAAGUUGCUUGGAAGACUUCCCUGAGCACUUUUGUGAAUUCCGACCCAGGUAGUUAUUUUUAUGGCCCCCUUCGAUGAAGAGGGGGUAUAUUUCUUUGCUCAUGUCGGUCGG